AUGCUUAACAGUCAGCCAAACAGUCAACCGAACUGUCAACCAAACAGUCGACCGAACAGUCAACCAAACAGUCAACCAAACAGUCAACCGAACAGUCAACCGAAAGACAACCAAACAGUCCACCGAACAGUCAACCAAACAGUCAACCAAACAGUCAACCGAACAGUCAACCAAACAGUCGACCAAACAGUCAACCGAACAGUCAACCGAAAGACAACCAAACAGUCCACCGAACAGUCAACCAAACAGUCAACCGAGCAGUCACCAAAACAGUCAACCAAACAGUCAACCGAACAGUCAACCGAAAAGUCAACCAAACAGUCAGCCAAACAGUCCACCGAACAGUCAACCAAACAGUCAACCGAACAGUCAAUCAAACAGUCGACCCAACAGUCAACCAAACAGUCAGCCAAACAGUCGACCGAACAGUCAACCAAACAGUCAACCGAACAGUCAACCGAACAGUCAGCCAAACAGUCCACCGAACAGUCAACCAAACAGUCAGCCAAACAGUCGACCGAACAGUCAACCAAACAGUCAGCCAAACAGUCAAUCGAACAGUCAACCAAACAGUCGACCGAACAGUCGGCCGAACAGUCAACCAAACAGUCAACCGAACAGUCAACCGAACAGCCAGCCAAACAGUCAACCGAACAGUCAACCAAACAGUCAACCGAACAGUCGGCUCAAUUAAAAUCUGUGGUAUGCUUUUAA